AUCUAUUUGAAUACGCUGAGCUCCACGAGAAAAGAAACAGUUUUCCAUUCUAUUUAUUGUGUCGAUCGUUGUGGUGUCACCUACGAAAAAUCAAAUUUCUCGCGAUUGUUAUGUGCUUUGAAUCACGUAACAUGUAAAACUAUAAGCACAACACUUAGGAAACAAUAAUGAGGUAAAAGUCUUAUCGACAGCAUGUUUACGAAAGGAAAUCAACAAGACGAAUUAGGCAGAAGAACAGUGUGUGACACCAAAUAAACUUUUGGAGCAUUCAGCAAGGGUAACCUUCAAAUUAGAAAGGCAGUUAGCCUUAGAGUGUACAGCAAUUGAGAAGGAUUGUAUCUAGGAGUAGCAUAAUUUGGUGCAAUACAAUUUUAGAACUCAACUACAUAUAUACACACAAUGUCAUCAAAAGGCAAGAAUAAAAAUAGAUUGUCCAAUUGGCGUAAGAGACGUGUUGUUGGGAAGGAAGAGAAGUAUCGACAAGAGAGAGACAAAUCUGACAAAUCAGAAUCUGAACAGGAAGAAGAAUGGCCAUUGACUUUCCCAGUGGCAAUGUGGGAUUUGAAGCAAUGUGAUCCUAAGAAAUGCUCUGGUAGAAAACUCGCAAGGCAUAAUUUAAUAAAAACCCUGAGACUUGGUGCACGGUUUCCUGGCCUAGUCUUAACUCCUGUGGGUACAAAGUGUGUGAGUCCUCAAGACAAAGAAAUAAUUCUAGAAAAUGGCUGUGCAGUAGUGGAUUGUAGUUGGGCGCGACUGGACAACACUCCAUUCAAUCGAAUGAAAACUCCACAUCCACGACUAUUACCGUUCCUUGUUGCUGCAAAUCCCAUUAACUAUGGGAAACCUUGCCAACUUAGCUGCGUAGAAGCCAUUGCCGCGACUCUAAUAAUCACCGGUUUUCCAGAGGAGGCCGACUUGUAUCUAGGAAAGUUUUCUUGGGGACAUUCGUUUCUUGAACUCAACGCGGAUUUAUUAGCAAAUUACGCAGCUUGUACAAACAGCGAGGAGAUCAUCGCCGCACAAGACAAGUUCCUGGUAAAGACAAGACAGGAAAGAGAAGACCGAUUAGCAAUGCCAGAUUUCCCGCCGUCCGAAAGUGAGUCAGAGGAAGAGGAAGAGGAGGAAGUAGAGAAGAAGGAGACAAAAGAAGAACAGGAAAACGUCGAAAAUAAAGAAGAUAGUCAAGCUGACGAAGCUCAUGGGUCAACGAACCAGGAGAAUAUAAUUUCAUGAUAAUUUUUGCGAAAUUUAUUUUUGACGUUGUAAAUAUUUUACGAGAUAACGAUUACGUUAGGGUGUAUUUAAGUUUUUGAACAUUAAUUUGUAAUGUAUAAAAUAGACAUAAUAAUGUGAGAUAAAUGUUGGUAAUCUAUUGUUUGAUUAGUCUCAUCAAUUAUAAUCUUUUAUUAUUUUUCUAAAUUUCUCAGACAACCAUUAUAGAUUUUAUCUGAUUGUUUAAAAUUAACCGAAUAUGGACUCUAUAUAAGAUGAUUAAUUUCAUUAAAUAAUGAAAAAGAAAUU